GUGCCAUCUAAGUGCCGGUUUUGGAAACUUCAGAAGGAAACAAAACGGGGGCGUGGCGUUUUGGCUUGAUUUGUUUUGGUUUGGAGAGAAAAACAUUUUAUUUCCUGGAAAAAAUAAGCAGCUGCUCAAAUUACACAUUAUAGGGAUUUGAGGGCUUGUAAAUCGAAAUGGUCUCGAAUCUGAGCCUUCGAGAGACGGACGGGGAGGACUACAGGUCCAAGUACAGAAGACUGAAGCAUCGACUGAAAUACCUGAUUUACGAGAAUGAAAAUUUCCAGGUCAUUCUGAAGCAAGCGCAACAAAAGUAUUUGAGCGCAAAACGAGACCGGUCAUUUUUACUGGACAGACUUAUCCAAUAUGAACAGCCGAACUCGCAUUCCAGUGACUCGAAUCCCUCAGAUUCCUCCGAGGAAGAGGAAAAAGUAAAACAGGAGCCUAUGAAGAGUAGAAAAAGAAGCGAAGGCAGCAGUGGAUCUCAACCGGCGGCCAAGAAGCGCAAAAGGUUGCCAGCCAGUACGGCUGCAAAACAACCUGUCACAAAGAAGCUGAACCCUGCAAAUUCAUCCACAAUGUCACCAAUGUUGUCUGAAGGUCAGUUGACCCCAGAAGAGGUGGAGAGGCAUUUGCAAUCAAGGCAGAGCUUCAUGGAGUUGCUGCCGUGCCGCGCACCCCCAACAGUGCCCUCUGAGCUCUUCAGCAAUGACCCUUCCUUAGAUAGUUUCUGCUUCAGCGAGUCUAAUGAAAUGGAACUUGUUGAGACUUCUCCAGACAUGGGAGACGAAAGUUAUGGUGUGGAUAUUCCUGACGUCGCUGAUUAAUUGUUCUCUUCUUGUAAAAUAAUUAUAACUAACUUUCCACUACUUAGACUAUUGAUUAGAUUCUGUUGAAAACAGGUUAAAAUUAGAAUAAAUUUAAUAAAAAUGUC